GCACCAUAGAGACGCUUUCAUCUUUAAUAGGAAGCGAGUCCAAAAUAGUAUAAUGGUUCACAUGUCUAAACAUAUUUUCUUUAUAGUUUGGCUUAUUUUUCAAACUCUUCUAAGAGAUGCUCAUCAAGCUGAGCACAAAGAGAAACACUUCCUGCACUACAAGUUUACAGUCCUGACUAAAGCAGACACAUUCCCAGAGUUCAGUGCUGAGGGUGUGUGUGAUGACAGACAGAUCAAACACUACAAUAAUGAAGAAAGAGUCUGGAUUCUGACUGAAGAUGACUGGACUGAACCUCCAGAUCCAUCUGAUUCUAGAGACUGGUUCAUUCAUCAGAUCAGGACUCUGACAAACUGCACAAACUCACAGUGUUCUGAGCUUCAUGUUCUUCAGAGAAUAAUUGGCUGUGAACUGGAGAAACUUCCUGAUGGAACAGUGAAUCUGACUGUCUUUGAUGAAUAUGGAUUUGAUGGAGAGGAUUUUAUAUCCUUUAAUUCUGACACUAUGAAGUGGAUUGAGAAAAACCCCAAAGCCAAAGAAACUAAAGAGAAAUGGGAUCUUCACACAGAACGAAACCAGUUCAUCAAGUAUUUCCUCAAGAACUGCACUGACUGGAUCUCAAAGUUUAACAACUCAAAAAAGAGUUCUCCAGAUGUUCAUGUCUCUGUGAGGAAAGCUCCUGAUGAUGACAGUAAUCUGGUUCUGACGUGUCUGGCCACUGGUUUCUACCCCAGAGAAGUUCAGAUGAACAUUAGAUUGAACAGAAUUAAUCUUGAGGAUCAAACAUCUUCUGAAAUCAGACCAAAUGAUGAUGAAACCUUUCAGAUGAGAAUCAGUGUGAAGAUCGACAGAAAACAUGAAGGAUCUUAUGAUUGUCAUGUCAUUCACAGCAGUCUGACUGAACCAGUUACAGUAAAAUGGGAUUUUGACAGUGAAACAGAAUCUCGAUGGCGUUUUAUAGCAGGAGCAGCAGCAGCUGUGGUCGCAGGUCUAGGGUUUUUGUUUUGGCUUUGUUUAAAAGUUCAAAAGGUUCAAAGUCAUAAUGUUGUAGAAUCACAGACUUCAGUCCCUAAUCCUGACACUGAACAAGCUGCGGUCAGUCUGUUCAACUAUGAGACAGGAGUCACACUACUGACCGGGAUCUGAGGAGUGUCAGCCUCAGACAUCAGCUGUGUUUACACUGCAAAUCUUAAAGCACAGAUCCAAUCUUUUUAUCAUAUCCGAUUCACUUUAGACACGACUGGUAUCUGAUAUCUGUGUUUACAAUAAUCCCCGUUUAAAAUUAUUCUGUUGGUGAUUGAUUUACUAUGUGACAUUGACCCUCUGGUUUUUAAUAGCCAUUCUAAUAUUAUUUAUUAUCAGAGAAAACCUGUUCACUUCUUAAUAUUCUGUAUUAUUAUUAUUUUAUGAUUUGUUCAUUGAUUGAAAGCAAUCUGAGGCACAUCUUCAUAUUCACUUGUAAAUGUGAAUAUGCAUUUCUAUAGCUCUGAUUUAUUUGUAAGUGAAAUUUUGAACCGGCUCAUAUUAUUGACACUACCUGAGCAGUUUAGUUUAUGCAAGCUAGAAAACUUCAGCAAGAACACGCAUGUAUUGCAUGAGCAGAGAAAAAACAUGUUUAAAAUGCACAUGCUUUAACUUGAAAGCUUGUCCUGUUUGACUUGUUGUUAAUGUUACUAAACUGAAUGUAUAACAGAAUAUCUGCUUCACCACAAUCUUAUCAACAACACUGAAGUAUGAGAGUAUGCGGGUUAUCUAUCACUCAGACGCACGUUAAAGUCACACUCAGUAAUAACAAGGUCCUGUCAUGUUUACUUUCAGAAAUGUCGUUGGAUGGUGGAAAAGUAAAGACUGUUAAAGUGAAAAUAAAAUUAUUCCUGUCAUUGUGCAGAGCUGCAGUCAUACUCAGAUAGAAGCCUACUCUUCCAUAGCUAGAGGUCAAGAACCAGCCCUGGUACAAGAUGCGUUAAAUUAAAUGUAUAAAUAAAAAAUACUUGGGGAAAGUUUUCUUUCUUCUUGCUGUUAAUGUUGAUGUGGGUGAUACUGAAUUGAUAUUGUGGGUGAGAGGAAACAGAUUCUCUCAGGACAACAAGUGUUGAAAAAUAGAAUAUUUUAGCUUGUAUACACUGUGAGUCUCUUUGGAUGAAAGUGUCUGAUAAAUGCAUAAAUGUGCCUUUUUGUACAUCUGUUUUCAUAGUGCACUAUAAUAAAUGAAUGCA